ACUCCACCAAAGGCUUGUGUUAACAAGAGGGGAAAACAAAUAUUAACCAAAUAAGGGCACCAAAGCCCUACGCCCGAGUGCAUUGGCCCUUGCGAACCUGUGGGACAUUGUGAUUCUUCAGUUACCUGCAAAAUCCACUUUGAAGAGGCUGUGCACGAACUAGGCAUGGAAAUCGGUGCGGUUAAUGCUCUGUCAUAUGAGGAUUUUGUGGACGUAUUUGGUAACGUGGUUGAAAAAUGCCCAAUAAUAGUUGCCGCAGUGUGGUCAAGACGUCCAUUUGCGAAUCUCUUGCAUAUGGAAGUCUCUAUUAAUGAAUUUAUCGAGGCCCUCCCCGAGUCAGGUAAAGAAGGAAUUCUCAGAUGUCAUCCUGACCUCGCGGGAAGGGAUCUCCAGAGCGGCACUCUGACCGAAGAGUCGCGAGAGGAACAGGGCCAUGCUGGGCUUGACACUCUGGACGCGGCAGAGAUCUCGCACAUGGCGCGCCUCAACAUAGAAUAUAAACUGCGAUUCGGAUUCCCAUUUGUGAUAUGUGCUCGCAUGAACAACAAGGCGACCAUCCUGCGCGAGCUGUCAGAGCGCCUAAAGAACGACCGCACAGGAGAGUUGGCGCGUGCCAUUGAGGAGGUGAAAAAGAUUUGUCACUUGCGUUUGAAAACCCUGAUGCUGCAUGACCUGCCCAACAAGUUGUGACUGCAAAGUGGAUAGGCUUUUUUUGUCAUGUUUCAACGUUGCUGUAUAGCCUAGACUUGCAAUGCAUGUGAAUUACUCUAGAAUUUGAGAAUUAAUUGAUCCAUGGAUGUUGUAUUCUUUUUUAUUAGCCUACAUGAUAAAAAGGCACAUUUUAUCGUUUUUUGGUAUUACAUAAUUGAUAUAACCAUGAGCCUAAACAUCGCUGUAGACGCCUAUUCAUAUUUACAACACCUCAUACACCACAAUGAUAACCUAAAAGUUAUGAUAUCUUGUUUUUGUUAAGAAUUUCUCUACAACAGAGGCCCAGUUGAUUAACAUAACAAAGGCCACAAUUGGCUCUGUGCACUGCCAAUAUUUAUACACUACAUAAAUUAAACAUGAUUGUACAAUUCAGAGCAUGUUAAUAAAGUCUUAUACUCUCAUACAAGUGCAUUUUGUUUAUUAAAACAGUAGCUCUAACUGCAUGUUUUGCCAUCUGUAAAACCCUGAGGGGGUCCUCAGUGGAGUACUCUGAUGCUGCCCUCUUCUGGAAAUGAAGUGAGGUGGCAGGAAACAGUCAUGGCCCAAUGUGGCUUCACUGUGGCUUCCAAUGUCCUGUAAUUGUCUCUUGGUGUCCA